AUGAGUGAAAAGCAAACAGCCACAACACCAACAACUCCCAGAACAGCCAGGAGAAAAAAGUCAAACUCUACUACAGACAAAACACCGUCUUCUUCUUCUAAAAAACCAAAAGCUGAGAACAUUGAUACAGGGGUAAAAUCGAAUAAGAAAAAGAGCAAAUCAAAGAAGGAGGAGAACAUCCCUUCCGAUGGUGACUCACCAGUCUACAACACAACUCCAACCAAAAAGAAGAAAACAUCCAACCCUACUCCAAAAAAAACUGAAUCAAAAACUGUAAAAACACCAGAAAGUUCAGUAAAAUCAAACACAACACCAAAGAAACGAAAGAAUUCACUGAAAGAUUCAUCCUCUAAAAAGAAAAAAAAGAAGGAUAGGGAUUGUGAUAGUGAUUUGGAAAAGAAUGAUUAUGAUAGUGACGUAGAAUUUGAGGAGGAUGACGAAUUUCUCAGACCUAAGAUAGCUCACUUGGGAGACUUGUUUAAAGAGCAUAAGGGAAAAAUUUGUUUAUUUACAGGUGCUGGAAUAAGUUCAUCUGCUGGCUUAAAGACCUACAGAGGAAAGGAUGGUAUUUGGUUAAAACAAGAUGAUACCACCAAAAAUUCAAAUGAUAGUGAUAAUUUGAAAUAUUUUCCAACUCUUACCCAUAUGUCCAUUAAAAAACUGUACGACAUGGGAUAUAUCAAAUAUAUUAUCACACAGAAUAGUGACAAUCUCCAUUGGAAGAGUGGUAUCAGUGAAAGUGAUACUAUUGAAAUUCAUGGCAAUAGCUAUAAAGAGCAUUGCGAAAAAUGUGACAAGACAUUUAUUAGACAAGAUAUUAUUGUUCACCCUACAAGUGAAAGUAUUUACAGGAAUAUUUUGAAUAGGAAUGAAAAUUUCAAAGAUGAUCACCUUACUGUAAACAAGUGUGAACAGUGUGGAGGACCACUUAAGGAUUUGAUAGUAAACUUUGGAGAAAAGUUAUCUGAAAAAUUGUGGAAAAAGGCAGUUAAAUUUGUUGAAAAUUCAACACUUGUACUUGCUGUGGGUACCAAGUUAUCUGUAGAGCCUGUUAAUUCUCUUGUUACUAUGAAUGAUGAUCAUAAGUUAAUUAUUUGCAAUCUACAAUUGACUCCUUUCAAUGAUAAUGCUAAUUUAGUUAUUAGAUGUAAAUCUGAUGAGCUUUUUUCUCGUUUGAUGGGAAAGGUUAUUGAUAAUUUUAUUAUUGAUAUACCCGAAUAUGUAUAUAGUUUGGAUAUAACUUUAUUGUACAAUAAUAACACAUUGGAAAUGAAAUCUGAGCAGAUCAAUGUUUUGGACCAAGUAACGAUUAAUGAUAAUAUAAUUCUAAACUCUAGCAAUCAAUUUUCAAUCAAGAAUGAUAGAAUUGGAGAAUUGAAUAAUUUAUCAGUUCAAAUUCAUCCAACUAAGUUUGCACCAAGUUGUGGCAUUUCUACUUCCAACAAUAUCAUUGAAAUUAAGAAUUGUGAUAAAAAGAUUCAAGACAUGAUACAGUUGGAUUUGAGUUUGAAAUUCCAUGCCAAAGAUAAAACUUGGGAAUCUUCAAUAAAUUAA